AUGAAUAACCAAGGAGCUACUGCGGACUUUGGCUUUGCCAUGAAGCCACCGGAGCUGUCCGCGACGAGCGAAGAGACGGAAGCGUCGAUCCAGCCUCCACCAGGCAAACCAACGACUGCUCCGUUUGAAAUUUCACAAGGCAAAACCAUGAACCAAGCGUGGGUCGACAAGAUGCAACAAGCCGCCACCACAAAAAGUCCGAAACGUCAAAUCAAAAUCAAGGCAAUUGGCAAAAAACUGGGUGGAGCAUUGCGUGCCGUGAACAACAACUUGAAUGUCGCGAAAUGGAUUGACGAUUUGGAACAAGAUCAAGAUUUGGCCGAUAAACUGGAUCGCAUCAAUGACGAAACCGCCGAUGAAGCGACGCGCAAAGAAAUUGUCCGAGCCGCCACAGAGGCGUGUCUACAAACGAUGCGGACCCACUUGUUGGAAUUUUUAGACGAACGUCCACAGGCGACGUACGAAGAAUGGAUUUGCGAGUUGCAUCCGGAAAACAAGAAUAUGAAAAUGGACGGUCUGACCCAAAUACCACUGAUUGAUCAUCGAUUCUACGUACAAGACAGUGAUCAUCGGAUUCUCUGGAAUGAAUACUUGAAUGAUCUAAGCAAUCCCAAAAAUUUGACACCUGUGCGACAUUUUGUCGCCGCCAGAACCAUGCUCAAACAACCGUCCAAUCUGUCCACAACAGCGUCCUCCAAUAGUAAUACCAACAGUGGAAAUACUGCACCCUUGAUUUCAUUGGGAGAACACCAUCAAGAUCCAUUUGCUACGACAUUGGAUACAACAAAAGCAGUAGCACCAUCAGAUCCAUUUGCGCAAGAGACUACUACACAACAGCAAGAACAAACGAUACAGACAGACCUCCUGGGGAUCAAUAAUAAUGGCAGCAACCUCCCAGAAUCCAAUCCACAACAACAACAACCCGACAACAAGGAGGAAGGUGUGGUAGACUUGCUAUCCAUGUAGGCGUCAGAAUCUAAUAGAGCACGAAUAAGAGGACUGGAGACUGUGCGGGUGCCGUCACACCCUGUUUUGAUUUGAUAUCUCGAGAGUAGCCCACUUUUUAUCAUACCACUGCCGUACCGUACAGUAGCACUUCACGGUAACUAAAAGCGACUAGCUAGA